AUGGACGCACCUUUCUCAGGGAAUCUUUUGAUUCUCGACCCGAAUGAGACAACUCCUUCAUUCAAGAGCCUAAUUCCUUUGCCAGGAAGUAAUGGGCUGACUGGCAUUGCUCAUCUUGGCGGGGAUGUCUAUGCGGUCACGGGCGGCAUACACAUGCCAUUUAUGUUUGAGAAUGGCACCAUGGCUGUAUACGUUGUCAAGGUGGACGCGGAGAAUGAGACGGGAGUUUUAUUGGAUACUAUCCCAGUGCCCGACACGCAAAUGUUGAAUGGCAUGGACUCGAUACCCGCCAACCCAACCACUGUCCUGAGCGUUGACUCAAUCCAAGGUCGCAUGUUUCGCAUCAACACAAGCACAAAAGAGGUCGAUGUUGCCUUCACUAGCGACGCACUCGGACCUUCAGGCAACGGUGUCCCACUUGGACCCAACGGCCUGAAGAUAAGGGGCAGCCACCUUUACUUCACCAACUCGGCGACCGGCGUAUUCGCGCGGGUUCCCAUCGACUCGUUGGGCAAUACUAUAGGCAGCAUUGAAAAGAUUGCAUCCUUGGAUAAUGUCAGCAUGGCAGGUAAUUUGUAUGAUGACUUUGACAUCGACUGCAAGGGGAACGCGUACCUUUCGGUCCAUGGUUCGUCGGUUAACCGCGUUACGACAAAAGGCGUCCAGACGACUCUGGCUGGCGGGUUCAACGGCACUCUAGUCAAAGACCCAACAUCGGUCUCUCUGGCUAGAGACGGCAAGUCUGUGUACGUCGGAACGGGUGGAGAUGGUUCUGGCGGCCAGGUCCUACGCAUUACACUGUAA